AUGUGUUGCUAUCAAGGUACGGCACAAGAAGGCUUUUUAAGAUAUGUCAGGUCUUCCUAUAUCAUCACGAUUGUCUUCAUGUGGAUCACUGCGGCCGUCCUAGCGGAGAUCUGCUCUGCCUUGCCCCUUAGCGGUUCUAUCUACAUCUGGGCUGCUGAGAGCGCUGGUCCGAAGUAUGCACGGUUCUUCGGCUUCAUCGUAGCCUGGUGGUCUUGUACGGCAUGGAUGACGUUCUCCGCCGGAAAUUGUCAGACAACAGCCAACUACAUAGUUUCCUUGUUCGCGGUAUACGAAGUAGAUUUCCCCGGCGGGACCUUCAAUGACAACAUUAAAUGGCGCGCAUUCAUUUGGGCUCUCUCUGAGGUGCUAUUGGUUCUUUCUAUCGCAAUCAAUUAUUUGCCGCCGAGAUUGUACUCCGCCGUCUUCAAGAUUUCCGUCGGUAUUAUGAUGUUAGAUUUCUUCCUCUGCCUCAUCUGGUUACCCAUUGGAGUCUCGAAUACAUAUGGUUUCCGGACCGCGAAAGAAGCUUUCACGACAACCUAUAACGGAACUGGUGCUCCUGCAGGAUGGAAUUGGAUCUUGUCAUUUUUAUUUACUGCUGGAACACUGACGGGUUUUGACGCGUCUGGCCAUAUUGCGGAAGAGACAAAGAAUGCCAAAGUUGUUGCAGCUCGUGGUAUUUUCAGCAGCGCAGUGGCAACUGGAAUUUGCGGCUUCAUCACAGUGAUUUUAUUCCUGUUUUGCACGCCAGACCUGGAUACAUUGUUUGCCUUGGAAGCUCCGCAGCCAUUCGUACAGAUUUAUGCUAUGGCUCUCGGCAAGGGAGGCGCUGUGGUUAUGACAGUCAUUGCGGCGAUUGGUCUCAUCAUGAAUACAAGCAUUGCAGUCGUUGCUGCAUCUCGUCUCAUCUUCGCCGUAGCACGAGACGGUGUUCUCCCCUUCUCAGGCUGGAUCAGUCAAGUUACUUCCGAAGGGCAACCUCGCAACGCAGUCACAGUCAUGUUCGUCUUCGGCGCUGCCCUCCUAUGCACGAUCCUCCCCAGCCAAGUCGCAUUCACAUCUCUCGUCUCCGCCGGUGGCAUCCCCACGAUCGCAGCAUACGGUCUAAUCGGUCUUCUCCGUCUCACAAUGACGUCAAACCACUUCAAAGCGUCUUACUACUACCUCGGUCGCUUCAGGAAACCCUUCUACCUCGCCACAGCGCUAUUCAACGCACUCGUUUUCUCAGUCAUGAUUUCGCCGUUCUUCUUCCCAGUUGACGCCCAGACGUUCAAUUUCGCUUGCGUGAUCUUCGGCGCUGCUACAAUCUUCGGGAUUCUGAGCUACAUCCUCACACCAGAAGACAAGUGGCUUCCACGCGAGAAGAUACUCCAGGCGCUGCACACCGCAGACGGUGAUAGCGAUCAAAUUGCUGACUAG